CAACAACAGCAGAUGAACAACAAUACCGAAACAUUAACAAUAACAACAACAACAACAACAAUUUAUUUAAAUUUAGCUUGGUCUGAAAUUCUUUUAGUUCUUUUAAUGGCCGUUAUUUCUGCUGUAACGGUUGUCGGUAAUUUGGUUGUUUUACUUUCAUUUUUACUCGACCGACAAAUUCGACAACCUAGCAACUUUUUUAUUUUUUCUUUGGCUGUUUCCGAUUUGAUAAUUGGAUUAGAAGGAAUACCUGUAUAUACAUAUUUUUUAAUUAACGGACAACGUUGGCCUUUUGGAGCUUUUCUUUGUGAUUUAUGGCUUUCUGUAGAUUAUGCUUGUUGUUUAGCCUCAAUUUAUACUGUUUUAGGUAUUACUGCUGAUAGAUACCUUUCUGUAAAAUAUCCUGCUGCUUAUCGUAAUUGGAGAACUAAAGGUCGAGUACUUUUAAUUAUUGCUGCUAUUUGGGUAUUGCCUUCAGUGCUUUUUUCAAUAUCAAUUUUUGGCUAUGGAUGGUUUUCGGGUAAAGGACGUAUUUUAAGGGAAGACGAAUGUUAUGUACAAUUUAUGACUAAUCCUUACUUGAAUGCUGGAAUGUAUCUUUCAUAUUAUUGGUCAACAUUGAUACUAAUGCUCUAUCUUUAUUAUGGUAUUUACUCUGCUGCAAAACAAUUAGCAUCUAAAUCAGAUCAAAAACAAAAAAGAUUGGCUAUUUUGGCUGAAAUGAGGGGAGGGGAGGGUGGGGGACAAGAAGUAGCUAUUAGGCCAGAUUCUAGAGAUGAACAAUCACUUGGCCCUGGGCUUUCUGAAGCUCUUGGAACUUUGGAUUCUUCUGAAACGUGAGUUUGGAUUGAUUGGACCGUAUAUAGUAUACUCUAAUUCGGAGCCGAAUCCUGUGGUUAUGUUUAUUUUCCCCCAUUUUUCUUGAUGUCUAAAAAAUGAGAGAAAAUCUCUUUGCGGAUAGGUA